CAUAGAGAUCUAUUUGAUAUCAAGUCUAGAUGUAAAUAGACCUAUUAUAUGUAAAGGUCUAUCGUUGAUUAAUAAUUAUUAUGGAGCGGUUUAAAUUAUUUUAUCUAUUAUCUUUCAUAAUUUGUUACAAAAAUGUUAUUGGAAUAAAUGUUUAUCGUUCAAAUGCAGAUUUUAAUAAUGAUGUCUACAGGAAACACCUCAGAAGUCAAACACCUAAAGCAGGUGCUACAUUUGCUUUUGCCAAGCAUUUUCAAAAUCACAUGGUGCUACAACAAGCUCCACAGAGAGCCAACAUUUAUGGUUUCUCUGCAGACAUAGGGCAGAAAGUCAUUAUGCAGUUGACGACUGUACCUUCAACCAAGCCCUAUUACUACACGUCCACUAUAGAACAAGGGCCUGUUGCUGGACUAGGUGUUUGGAAUUUUCUUCUAGACCCAUUUCCAGCAAACACAACUGUUUCUAUAAAUGUGCAGGCUGAGGCUGGUUCUCUGUCUCUAAGUGAUGUCAUCUUUGGAGAUGUCUGGAUCUGUUCUGGCCAAUCCAACAUGCAGUUCACAGUCAUUCAGAUUGACAAUGCUGAAGAGGAAAUGGCUGAUGCUCAAAAUUAUCCUAACAUUCGUUUGAUGACGGUGAAUAUGAAUUACUCUGCCACAGUGCAAUAUGACCUUAUUGCAGUGGAGGAGAGCUGGACUGCCCCUAAUAGAAAUACAAUUGGUGGAACUGCCUGGACAUACUUUUCAGCUGUGUGCUGGCUCUUUGGAAAGGCCAUUCACAAGGCACGUGGCACACCCAUUGGCCUUGUUGCCACAGACUGGGGAGGCACUCCAGUGGAGGCUUGGUCAUCUCCUGUAGCAUUGGCCUCAUGCGGGAAUCCUAAAAGUACUCCAGUGGAACUUCCUGAGUCGUACAGAAAAUAUGUUGAAAGUUUACCUGAGAAAGUCAAGUAUAGAAUGACAGGACCUGGAGACAACUCACAGUUGUGGAAUGCAAUGAUCCAUCCAUUGCUUGGGAUGACAAUUUAUGGAGCCGUCUGGUAUCAAGGAGAAGCAGACGCCAGUGGUUCUCGCAUGAAUAAAUACAACUGUACCUUCCCAGCCAUGAUCAAAGACUGGAGGCUUAACUUUAACUCAGCUUCAAAUGGACAAACUAAAGCUGAUUUUCCCUUUGGAUUUGUCCAGUUGUCAGCCAAUACUCCUGACCCAUCCAUCUCAGUUGGGUUCCCAGACAUUCGCUGGCAUCAGACAGCAGAUAGAGGAUAUGUUCCCAACUCUGUGUUACCCAAUGUGUUCAUGGCGGUGGCUAUGGACUUGCCAGAUUUUACUUCAUCUUAUGGAGCUAUUCAUCCAAGAGACAAGAAAGAUGUUGGCGCCAGGCUUGCUCUGAGUGGUCUAGCAGUAGCUUAUGGGCAGUCCGAGCUUUAUCAGGGUCCAUUUCCAGUGCAGGCCGUUGUAACACCUUCUGGACUGAUUGUGGACUAUGGAGACACAUGGAGCCUAGAAGUAAGAAACUGGGACGGCUUUGAGCUGCUGUGUGGCUCUCGCUGGGCAGAGACUGGUAUUAUAGCAAAUAAUCAAACUAGCGUCACUCUCUUCUCUGGUGUGUGCAGCAGUGGAGAGACACUAAGCGGUGUCCGCUACGCCUGGAGAGAGUCCCCGUGCGCCUUUAUGAAGUGUGCCGUCUACGAGAGUAUAAACGACUUGCCAGCCCCACCAUUUGUUGCCUUGAAAAAUGAAGAUGAGGAGACUUUUAAUUUUGAUGGUCCAACGUACAUUUGAGUUGGCAGUUGGCCUGUAUGAUUUACAUAGUGAAUGUAAGAUUGAUCAAGUGUGUGUGUUUGUAUUACAACAUUUAUAGUUUGUAUAUUUUGUAAAUGAGCGUAAAGUCUGGGUCUACAUUCAUAAGAAUUUUUAACAGAAACCUUUUUUUUUUUGAGAUAUUCAGACUGCAUGUUAUGAUCAGUCGAUUUUGUUUCUCUUAUCUAUAGUAUUAUGAUAUCAUUAUAUUUUAGGUCAUAAUUCUUAUGAAUAAUCUUCUAUUUGUGGUAAAUCUUUAAAUGAAAAUCUUUUUUUUUUUGUUGAAAUAAACACUCAAGAUCCUUUCUUCAGAUUCUCUGUAACCUUUGACCUCAGGCUUUGCUCCCAAACAUUUUCGUCCAAAUUAAAUCAAAAAAAAUUUUAAAGAAUAUUUUCAUGUCAAAAAGAUGAUUGAAAGUUAUUGUUUUAAAAAUUAUUAUGUUGGAAAAAAAAAAAGGAAAAGAAUGACAUGUAUUUUAAUGAUAGCUUUUAUGUUGCUCUAUGUUGCUACGACAUCUUUUUAUCACCGAUGACAAAUUUCAUAUUCCACAUUCAUUGUUUGUGCUGGUUAUACUAGUAUGCCCACUCAAAGAAAUUUCAGAAUUCUUUCUUUUUACUCCCCUAACCCCCUACUAACAUUGAUCAAUGGUUAACACUGAAAUGAAACUAUACAAGAUUUGACAUUUGAUCUAGACAACGCACUUGUGUUAUGUUUUUUAAAUGCCAUCUUAAGAGACUCUUGUUAAUGAUGAUGCUUCAAAUUUGUCUGUACUGACUUAUUAUGAUGGCUGUUUCUAGUUUAUUUUGAAAACAAUUCCUCUCUUCUAUGCAAGUGCUCUUCCAGCUAUUAGUAGUCUGUAAAUUUUGGAACAAAAGAAUUAGAAACCCGAGUGUCAGUUUGAUGGCUAGGGGAGGUAAUCAAGUCAUAUUGACUUUCCUGCUGAGUUAUUUACUGUGAUCACAUCUUCAUACUUUUUACUUUGUCUAUUUUACGUUACAUUGCCUUUGGUCUUUGAUGAAACGGGGAAAGAGAUAAGGGUCAGUGAGGCUGAUGUGUAACAAAUCUUCCUCUUAAGUUAAAGAAGGCUCAUGUUCAAGGUCUUAAUCAGAUUGUGUUCAUCUUGACACAAGCAGGAGCUUCAGGUGUUGGGUGUGAUGAGGUCGGGUAACUGUUGAUUCAAUUUUUAAACAUUUACAUGCUUGUACAAGUGGCUAAAAUAAAUGUCAACUUUUUUUUUUUUUAUGGCUAUACCAAAAAAAAAAAAGUACACUUUUAAAAACAUUCCAUUCAGUCAAGCCAUAGAUUGUUACAUAAUUAUAUAAUGCUUUAAUGUUGUUAUAAUAUUGUUAACAAAGUUCAAUGAUUUAUUUGUAUGCUGUAUCUAAAUCACUUUCUUAGUGCUAUUUAAUAAACUCAGUACUGCCAAAGA